AUGGCUCCCUCGGCUCCCGGGACGGCCAGCAACUCGCCGGCCAAGAAGACCUCCGCCCCAGAGAAGAAAUACAAGUGCCAAUUUUGCAAUCGCGCCUUCAGCCGAAGCGAGCACCGCAGCAGACAUGAACGUUCUCACACAAAAGAGAGACCCUUCAAGUGUUUGAAGUGCCGGAGUACCUUUGUUCGUCGCGACCUUCUCCUUCGCCAUGAUCGGACUGUACACGCCAAAGAUGGCGGAAUUCCCCUGGUUGCAGAGGGACGCAGACGUGGUGGAGGUGUCCAGAAGUCUUCCUCAUCUAGCUCUGGUCCGUCUAAGCCUUCGAUCACCAUUGAUCCGGCGACACUAGAGCAGAUUGAGGCAAGCAGUGACGGUAUGGUCGACCUUGAAACUGCAGCCAUGUUGAUGACAGAUUUCCAACAUAAGGCUGCAGCAGCGGCGACCGGUCAGGUCUCCGAACGUUCCGAAUCCCUUUCCCCCGGACGCGGUUCCUUCGAGCCCUAUCUCUCUGGGAACGCGACCUUGCCGCAAAUGCCCUGGGAUACUCUCGCCUCCCCCGCGGAUACUGGCUCGAUGCCGACCCUCGUCGAUCGCCAUGGCCCCGUCGGAGACGUGCUCCUGUCCAACUCCCUGCCCAUGUCCGGAAACUCGACCCCGAAUGCCCUGUCCCCGUAUCCCUCCAUGACCGGCCCCGUUAGCCCCGUCAACUACCGUCGCUCUCCCGGACCCAGCCAGGCAUUGACUCUCCCCAAGGCCCCCCAAAUCGCUGACGAGAUGGAGCGCAGACUGGUGGUCGAGCGUGUGCAAAGCGCUGAUACGCUGGGUGCCUUGCCCGAGACUUUCCAGCUGCCAACUACUGUUGCGCUGAACCGGUAUUUGUCCACGUACUUCAAUCUGUACCAUCCUCACCUGCCGUUCCUUCACCAGCAGUCCUUUAACCCAGCCACCGUCUCGGCUCCCCUCUUAUUGUCCGUCUUAUCCAUUGGCGCUCUGUACACUUUCGAGCGCGAGCAUGCUUUCAUGCUGCACGUUGGCUCCAAGGUCCUCGUCAACCAGUUCCUGCAGCACAAGGAGAACUUCGACUCCCGCAAGUGCCCGCUGUGGCUGAUGCAGGGCACCCUGCUCAAUAUGGUCUUCGAGAGCUGGAGUGGUGACCCCAAGGGCCUUGAGUGGACUUGCUCCAUCAAGAGUCUGCUGGCCAACAUGGUCGCCGGCAACCGGUACCAGCUCAAGGUCCGCACCGAGGCCCGCCAGGGUAUCCAGCCCUCCCGUGAGGAGUGGAUUGAGGAUGAGUCUUGCCGCCGCACCUACUUCGCGGUCUACAUCUUCUUCGGCAUGCUUACUCUCACCUUCAACCACACUCCUGCCAUGAGCUUCGACGAGUUCGACAACCUGGAACUGCCGUCCUCAGAGUCACUCUGGAACCUUGAUCCUGCUGACGAGGACUCCUGGCGUCGCGGUGUGGCGAAUGGUACCCUCACCGUUCGCGAGGCCCACGAUUUCCUGUUCCAGGGCGAACAGACUCGCUACAGCGCUUUUGCCACUCGUGUUCUCAUCAACGCCCUGUUCUUGCAGGUUUGGAACCACAAGCGCAGCUUCGAAGCCCUGCAGGAUGUGGUCACCGAGUACAAGUUGCGUCUCGCUCUGGAGACUUGGGAAAGCUCGCUCGAGGUCUGCGAGGCCGAGACCAUCGUUGUUCCCCUUAGCACCCCUCAGAAGGGCCACCCCUUGAUCUUCAACUCGAUGGCUGUCUACCGUAACACUCGUGCUCGCCUGGAAGUUGACCUGAAGUCCAUCCAGGAGGCCAUGCGUUACCACUCCUCGUACGAGGUGGCCGCCGCUAUGACCGUUGCCCGCGAGAAGGUCAAGCGCUCACAGGAGAUGAACAAGGUUGUACAGCAAUGCUUCGAGUGCAUUGAGAUCGCUGCCAUCCAAGGAAUCAACUGGGUUGCGAAGACUUCUGCCACCAACUGGAGUGUCGAGCACCCGCUCUGCGGUCUGGACCUGAUGGUCAUCCUGAGUCUCUGGCUCUACCGCCUGGAACAUGACGACGAGCCGGCGACUGAGGCGGAAUUGGCCCUCUAUAACAAGGUUCGGAACCUGUUCGACGACGAUGCCAUCGAUGCAUUUGGCAAACUCAGCUCCACCGUGGCCCGUGUUUGGGGUAACAUCCUUGACGGCGUGGUUGUCUGGGGAAUCACCAAGUUGAUGGGCGAGUCGUUUAAGCUCCACUCCCAGGCCUUGGUCGGCUACGAAGACUCUCUGCGAGUCGCCAAAGACCAACCGAUCCACGUAGUGCCUCCCAAGUCGCUCGCCAGCGUCGGCACCGCGUACUAA